AUCACUGCUUCAUGUGUGCCCGUUUGCUAUCCAAAUCCACAAAACACUCUCUCAGCUUUGAUUCCUCUUUAUCAUCACCAUCCUCUCAAGCUCGGAUCGUCCAGUUCGCCAUCCAGCAUACGCAAAGAGCCUUCUUGUGAGUGUCCGAGGUUUAGUCCCACUCUCGGAUCACAUUGCCCACCAACUGUUCGACGAAAUGCCUCUGAAGCAAAUAGAUACAGGAAAGUUUGUCAAAAAUCAAUACAUGGUGUGGCAAACACUGAGUUUUACGUUGGACAUGCCACAGUCAAUGAAACUCCAGCUUCUGACAGUCGGAGAGUCUCGGAAGAUGCCGAAAAGAUUUGUGUUUUGCUCUCAAACCAAUCAAGCUCCAUGGUCACAUUUUGUCUGGAUAAGUCUGGAGUGCAGGUAUCUCCUCCGCUUGUGGUUGAGGUGCUGAAGAAACUAAGUAAUGCAGGAAUGCUGGCUCUGGCCUUCUUCCGUUGGGCUGAGACGCAGCCUGGUUUUAAACAUACCACUGAGAGUUUUCAUUGUCUUAUUGAAGCACUUGGCAAGAUCAAACAAUUUAGAUUGGUUUGGAGUUUGGUGGAUUCUAUGAGUGUUCUGCGUCUACUGACGAAAGAGACUUUCGGACUGAUUGUUCGGAGAUAUGCCAGAGCUCGGAAGAUUAAAGAAGCUAUUGAUGCUUUUGAGAGGAUGGAGAAGUAUGGUCUCAGUCCUGAAUUAUCUGAUUAUAAUUGCUUGAUUGAUACUAUUAGCAAAUCAAAGCAUGUUGCUGAAGCUCAGGAGAUUUUUAAUGACAUGAAGAGGAGGAAGAGGUUCACUCCUGAUCUCAAGACUUAUACCAUUCUUUUGGAAGCUUGGGGGAAAGACAGGGAUUUGUCAGAGAUGAAUUCAGUUUAUGCAGAGAUGUUAGAUGCUGGGUUUGAACCUGAUGUUGUUACAUAUGGUAUACUCAUCAAUGCUUUCUGCAAGUCGAAUAAACACGAUGAGGCCAUUAAAAUAUUUCAUGAGAUGGAGAUGAAGGGAAUCAAACCAAGUCCUCACAUUUAUUGUUCUCUUAUAAAUGGAUUAGGAUCUGAUGAGAGAUUGAAUGAAGCUCUGGCGUUUUUUGAGCUAUCCAAAGCUAGAGGCUUUGCGCCUGAGUUACCGACAUAUAAUGCAGUUGUUGGUGCUUACUGUUCUGUGCUGCAAUUUGAGAAUGCUUUCAGAGUUGUGGAUGAUAUGAAGAGUUUCAGUAUUGGUCCGAAUGCUCGAACUUAUGAAAUCAUCCUGCAUCAUCUUAUAAAAGCCAAGAAAACAGACGAGGCAUAUCAUAUUUUUCAGAAGAUGAGUAGGGAGCCUGGUUGCGAGCCGGAGAUCAAUACAUACAGCAUGAUGGUUAGUAUGUUCUGUACCAAUGAAAGAGUUGACAUGGCCUUGAAAGUAUGGAAACAAAUGAAUGAGAGAGGAAUCCUUCCUUGCAUGCAUAUGUUUUCAUCGCUGAUCAAUGGACUGUGUGUCGAGAACAGACUCGACGAGGCUUGCAGAUACUUUCAGGAGAUGCUGGAUAAAGGUAUUAGGCCUCCAGGUCAGUUGUAUGGGAAUCUAAAAGAAGCUCUUAUCGAUGGAGGAAAACGCGAUGUAGCUAUAAGUAUGGGUUUGAAGCUUGAUAGGUUGAGGAAGAUGCCAUUGUUUGGUUAAGGAAAUCCCAUGCUUGAUAUUAGUUCAUGGUGAACUUGUUCUUAUGAUUAAUGACUAUGAGAUUGUGGUUGAUAUAGCUUCUCUGUUUUGUCAUUGUGAUGAAGUAAGAAAUUAAAAAGGAAAACAUUUUCA